CUCUUUGGGAUCCUUUAUCAAGAAGUCCCUUCUUCUGAACCAAACAGCCACACGUUCCCAUCAAGAACCAAUUCGUGUCGCAGCAGAGAACGCGACAAACAGCGAAAUGUCUACAAUAACCUCCAACGCUCUCCAGAGCUCGGUGCCACCCACCAUCCCCCUACCCUUCAACGCCAACCAGCCCGAGACGAUCCGCCUCUACCCGCUAUCAAAUUACACAUUCGGCGUCAAGGAGACGCAACCGGAGGAGGACCCGAGCGUGCUGGCGCGCCUGAAACGACUCGAGGAGCACUACAACGCGCACGGCAUGCGGCGCACGUGCGAGGGCAUCCUGGUGUGCCACGAGCAUAACCACCCGCACAUCCUGAUGCUGCAGAUCGCCAACGCCUUCUUCAAGCUACCAGGCGACUACCUGCGGCCGGAGGACGAUGAGAUCGAAGGGUUCAAGCAGCGGCUGGACGAGCGUUUGGCGCCCGUGGGCAGCCUUGGCGAGGGCGAGAAGGCGGGUGACUGGCAGGUGGGCGACUGCCUUGCGCAGUGGUGGAGGCCCAACUUUGAGACGUUCAUGUACCCCUUUGUACCGGCCCAUGUGACGAGACCGAAGGAGUGCAAGAAGCUUUACUUUAUUCAGUUACCCAAGUCGAAGGUCCUCAGCGUGCCGAAGAACAUGAAGCUACUGGCUGUCCCCCUUUUCGAGUUAUACGACAACACCGCUAGAUACGGCCCACAACUUUCCGCCAUCCCCCAUCUUCUCAGCCGCUACAACUUUGAGUUCGUUGACGAGAACGGCGAGGUGGUGGCUGUUACUCCGGGCGAUGGAGACGGCUACGUGCCCAAGACUAAGAUCCUUGCGAGUGGUGAUGAUGUGGACAUGAAGACGGAAGAAGGCAACGGUCCUUAGAGAGCACAGCAGUCUUUCUUUUCCCUGCUGAAACACAUGCAUGACGCGAGGACGGGGCCCGUUGAGAUCACAGCGAUUGGGACGGAAAAAGACGAGGAACAUUGACUGUCACGGCAUCGCUCAACGCACAAGUCACUUGGUUCGCGUCCGUACAAGGAGCAUGACGAUUAAG